CCUUGUGUUAUGUAUGAUAUCCUUAAUAUUCAUGUAGCUCUUUUAUAUCAGUGUACUACUGAUCUAGAUGAAACAUCUAAAUAAGAUAAGUUCAGUUUUUAUCCGCCAUGUUUGGAAAACAUUGUAACUUUUUUAUCUCGCAAUUGUUUUAAUCGUUAAUAAAUGUAAUCGCGAUCGAAAGUAAAUUCGCGACGUUUUAUUUCUACCGGAAAACUCCCACAUACACGACAAAUUUGGUGUCAGAAGUGGGAUCGUCGAGUUUUCGCCGCGGUUCGAAAUCGAAAGUACGGACAAAACGCAUUCUUCCCCACGAGAUGCAAAAUGGCGCACGAGAACGCCGAACUGCUAGGCCAGCUCUCAGCGAUGAUUGCCGAUGCACUCAGGGCCUCGAUCGGAAGCGUCAUUCAACAAGUGAACAAUGGAGCCCAAAACGCAACGAAUAGCACUGCCGCUCCCAUUCCGAAAAUCCCUGCUUUUUCGAUGUCCGAGUACCGUCCUUCAGAUGAAUCAUCCGUAGCCGAUUAUUUUAGUCGAUUUAAGUGGGCAUUGGAGCUAAGCCAGAUACCCCAGGCUCAGUAUGCCAACUACGCCCGAGUUCAUAUGGGAGCGGAGCUGAACAGUGCUUUGAAGUUCUUGGUGAGCCCGGAAGAUCCAGCGGACAUCGAAUUCGACGAGCUGCAGACGACGUUGAUCAACCACUUCGAUCGGAAGAAGAACAAAUACGUCGAAAGCAUCAAAUUUAGGCAGAUAAUUCAGCAAAAGGGCGAAUCGGUGGCACAGUUUGUCCUGCGAUUGAGGCAAGGUGCUGCGGACUGCGAAUACGGAGAUUUUCUGGACCGUAUGUUGACUGAGCAACUCCUGCACGGUCUGGAAGCUCGUGAGAUGUGCGACGAAAUUAUAGCGAAGGAGCCAGCUACAUUCAAAGAAGCCUACGAGAUUGCCUACACCCUCGAAGCGACCCGCAAUACGGCGCGGGAAGUGAAUACCGGUGCAACAUCCGCAGUGCCGGAAGGAGCUAAUAAAUUGGGAUGCGAAAGCUUGAGGACAAGAAAGAAGUCGACGUUCAACCAACCGAAGAAUUCCCGUAGUGAUCAACGAACGAGCAAUCAGUUCACCAACGAAGCAGGACCUUGUAAAGGAUGCGGAGGACAGCACCUUCGCAGUCAGUGUCGCUUUCGCGAUGUUAGAUGCCACAACUGCAACAUCAAGGGACACAUUGCCAAAGUGUGUCGGUCGAGAUCAGCUUAUCAGGAGGCAUCAACUGAUCAGGUGGAAUCACAGGAGCUACCCCCAACGGAAAUCGACAUCGUGCAGUCGCUGAGCCAAGUCCACGACAUAGCAUCCACGGGAAAGAAGAUGGUCGACGUUCAAAUCGACGGCCGUGCCUUACGCAUGGAACUGGACACUGGAGCGCCCUGCGGAAUAAUCGCCGAAUCCAAACUACGACACAUCAAGCCGAAUUACUCGUUAUCGAAAACGGACAGACAGUUUUCGAGCUACACCGGGCAUCCUAUCAAUUGCCUAGGACGUAUUCCGGUGAAUGUAACUGUUGGAACUACAAACCGCCGGUUGAAUCUAUAUGUCGUAGCCGGGGAGUCUGACUCACUCUUCGGUCGUGAGUGGAUUUCUCAAUUCGUUGAUCAGAUCAACUUGAAUCGGCUGUUUUCUGAACCGGUCAACUCGAUCAGCAACUCUGGCCUGACAGCGGACCAAACUACUCGUCUCACGGCUCUGCUAGAUAGCUUCGAAGAUGUGUUUAGCGAUGUUCCAGGGAAAUUGGUUGGCCCCCCAGCCAAGGUUCAUCUGAAACCUAAUGUAUCUCCUGUUUUUGUGAAGGCCCGAGAUGUGCCUCAUGCGCUGCGUGAACGAUACGCAGCUGAAAUCGACAAAAAACUGGCGUCAGGAUUCUUCAAGCGAGUGGAAUACUCCGAGUGGUCAUCCCCAACCCACAUCGUCGUUAAGAAAAAUGGAGAUUUGCGGAUCACCGGAAACUACAAACCGACCAUCAACCCAAGAAUGGUAGUAGACGAACAUCCCAUACCGAAAAUAGAAACGAUUUUCAAUAAAAUGAACGGUGCUACAAUGUUUUGUCAUCUGGACGUGACCGACGCCUAUACUCACCUGCCAAUCGACGAGGAGUUCAGUCACACACUGACUCUGAACACAGCGACACACGGGCUCAUCAGGCCCAUCCGAGCCGUAUACGGAGCGGCAAACAUCCCUGCAAUUUGGCAACGCCGCAUGGAGUCAGUCCUCCAAGGGUUGGACGAUGUCGUCGUCAGCUUCUAUGAUGAUAUCAUCGUGUUCGCAAAAGAUUUUGAAAGUUUGCUUCAAGCGCUGAGGGUCACACUGGACAGGUUGAGACGUAGUGGAUUGCACCUGAACCGAGCGAAAUGCGUUUUCGCUACAUCAUCCCUUGAUUGUUUGGGUCACAAGAUAGAUCGUCAUGGAUUGCACAAAUCGGACAAGCACGUUGAAGCCAUUCGUGAUGCACCUCGCCCGGCGACACCGGAGGAACUGCAGCUUUUCCUAGCUGAUUCAUUCGAUUGGUCACCCGAGGCCGAUCAGGCCUAUUUGGACCUGAAGGAAGUGUUGACAUCGCCCCAGGUUCUAAUGCAGUACGAUCCUACACUACCGCUGGUUCUGGCUACGGAUGCUAGCAAAACCGGUCUUGGGGCCGUGUUAUCACACCGCUUGAACGACGGAUUGGAACGACCGAUUGCUUAUGCUAGCACAACCAUGUCGGCUACAGAACAACGAUACCCCCAAAUAGACAAGGAGGCACUCGCUAUAGUGUGGGCGGUGAAGAAAUUCUUCCACUAUUUGUACGCCAGAAAGUUCACUCUAAUCACGGAUCACAAGCCGCUGUCACAGAUCCUGCACCCUGAAAAAUCACUUCCUUCGUUGUGUAUCAGUCGGAUGGCGAAUUACGCAGAUUAUCUGGCACAUUUUGACUUCGACAUAGUGUACAAGCCGACAAAGCAGCAUACGAACGCCGAUUAUUGCUCCCGCAUACCCAGCAAGCCGAUGCCAUCCGAAAUCAACAGCCUUAACUUGCAGGAAGGAGGAAGUAUGGUGGACGAAUUCGACGGUUUUGCCCUACAUCAAAUUCAGCAGCUACCUGUUCGAGCGGAACAUAUUGCCCGGGAAACGCGUAGAGAUAAGCAUCUUGGGGAAAUCGUUCAAGCACUGGAAAUGGGACGCAACCUCUCGAAAUGUGGAUACAAGUCCCCCGAAGAUAAGUACACUCUAGCAGCGAAUUGCCUACACUUCGAACACCGAGUAGUCAUCCCACCGUCCCUCAGACAGCCGAUUUUGAACGACCUACAUACUGCUCACCUGGGUGUCGUUAAAAUGAAGAGUCUGGCACGGUCUUUCGUCUACUGGCCAGGUAUCGACUCGGACAUAGAGAAAACCGUCCGAUCCUGCUGUGACUGUGCCCGAGAAGCACCGGCACCUCCAAAAUUCAACCGACAUCACUGGGAGUAUCCGAAGGGCCCGUGGGAGCGUGUUCAUAUUGAUUACGCGGGUCCGGUGGCAGAUAUGAUGCUUCUCAUAAUCGUCGAUGCCUACAGCAAGUGGGUUGAAGUUAAGGUUACUCCUACAUCAACAACAACUGCAACGAUCGGUAUUCUCGAUGAACUUUUUUCGGCCUACGGAGCACCGACAACGCUGGUUUCGGACAACGGCCCGCAGUUUACCGCUGCGGAAUUCAAGCACUUUCUUCAGGUGAGUGGAGUUAAAUAUCACAAGCUGUCUGCACCCUAUCAUCCGGCCACCAAUGGCCAAGCAGAGCGAUACGUCCAAACUGUGAAGCAGGCUCUCAAGUCCAUGGGCACCACUCGGAACACAUUGAAGAGAGACAUCAACGAGUUUCUUCGACAAUAUCGGAAGGCGGCUCACUCCGAAACUGCUGAGUCACCCGCCAAGCUGUUCCUGGGACGCAAUAUACGGACGCGACUGGAUUUGGUGAGACCACUGGAUAUCAGCUCAAGAAUCACGGAAAAGCAACAGGCGAAUUUCGACCCGUUGUUUCGAUCUUUCACUCCCGGGCAGAAGAUCUAUUUUCUCUCCGGAAAUUCGCGGAUGGAUAAAUGGAUUUCUGGAACUAUUUCCGAAUGUUUGGGAGAUUUGCACUAUAAGAUCGACUAUCGCGGAAAACAAAUCAAGCGACACGUUGAUCAAAUCCGACCAGUGACAAUGAUCAAAACAACGGACCACCACCCACUCCACCCACUGCAAAACCAAAGUCAUUGCGAGAGGAAGGUCAGCCGCUGCCACGGGUGCGUUAUCAUGGAAAUACGAUGACGUCACAGAACCAGUCAUCCGAUUCGGUGGUCAGCGACUCGCGAGGCGGCUUGGUCAGCGAUGAAUCUUCGAUGGUACAUGAUUCUUCAGGUGGCACUUUUUCAACACCGUGUGCUUCUCCAGACAUACAGUCGAGACAAUCAGAUCCCCUUGCCCUGCGCCGUUCGGAGAGGCUUCGCCGGCCUCCGUUGAGGUUCUCCCCGUAGAGGGGAAGAAAUGUUAUGUAUGAUAUCCUUAAUAUUCAUGUAGCUCUUUUAUAUCAGUGUACUACUGAUCUAGAUGAAACAUCUAAAUAAGAUAAGUUCAGUUAUU